AAUUCACAUACCGCUUCUCCAUUUUGCAGCCCAAAUCAACCCCGAAACUACCCCAACACAAUCACAAAUCCGCAACCACAAACUUUUUAAAAAUCGCGGUACCAACUGUCAUCUAGUGGAAAACGCGCUACCAACAUACAUCAAUGCACACACUCAUUUAAUAAAUCUCUUUUUCAGUGCCGAUUUAAUGUGAGCCUCUAAAUUACGAUUUCAAGCUGCUUAUUAAUGUUUGCUUUUGGGAUUAAAUGUUUAUUUUUCGUGAAAAUUGAUGAGAACUGGCCGCCAUGUUGGCAUUGCCAUGGCAACCUCCACCCAUCAAAACAAACAAAUUUUUUUUCGUACGUCAAAUCCGUGUUUGAAAUGUUGUGAAAUAAAAACGUUGUUUUAAGAACUAAUUAGUGCGAUAUCAUACCUUUAACCAAGUUGUAUAAUGGAUCAAAACCGUCCCGACGUAAACGGGAAUCACCAACAAAACGUUCACUUACACAUGCACCACGUGUGCGCUUGUCAAAGUCUGUAUCCUACCACUUAUUACCCUCCAAUCAGCUACAGGACUCCUUUGAUCCCAUACGCCGCACCGCAGACAGUCGCCCGACCAUACCUACAACAUUACCAAUACACACAGUUUAACGUCGGUAGUCAGUACAACCUGCCAAUGACACAACUCUCGUCGAGCUACACUGGUGGAACCACAGCCCACCAAGGAGCCGACUCGGCGGUGGCUUUGGCCACAAGAGAACGUCGCGAAAGAGGUGAUUCCCAAGAGAGCAUUCCCGAUCCAGAGAGGACCCCGCCAGAGCCACCAGAGUUCGAGUUCGCAGCCGGGCCGAUCAUACCUCCAGUGAACGAGCUUUUUUUCAUGAACAACUCGGACGACUUCCAAAUGAACACUGAUGGUUUUAUAAAAUUUUUGGAGCGGAGUUGUUUGACGGCCGAACAGAUCGCUUACAGAAACCGCAACAGGCCGUGCUUUAGAAACAUACAGAAUCUUUGUAUCCGCACACGGUCUGAGAUCCUGAAACCUCGUACGACUAUAUCGAAUAUACAUUCACAGGGGAUUCCCUGGGCUACCAAAGAUUUUAUAUACGCUUUCGUUCGCUUGACGAACUGUUGGCACAUUCUGAAAGGUUACUGGGAGAACCGCGAGGGUUCCGCUUUGGGCAAAAUCGAGAAAGAGCUGACCCCCGGGUUCAAAGCUUGCUACGUGAGGUGGGAGCGCGAAACAGUCGAACUAGCCACCGAGUUGACCAGGAUUUUUUACAACCUCGACGUGAAUCAAAGCAACCCGGGACCCGCCGUCAACGUACAUACCGCCAAUAACCUAAUUCCUCCUCAGGUGAGCCUGUUGAAGACCGGCGAGAGCGCUAAGAAGACCACCGGUAGCGAAACGACCACGACCGCUACCCUGACCAACACCACUUCAAAUUCUAGUAAGAAUGUCAGAGGGAUCUUACAUUUACCUUCAACGAUGUCCACAGAAACCGUAGAUCAAGCGAACCAGACAUGCGCUGGUGAUUUUUGCACCAAGUCGGACGAAAACGACUCGGACGAGGAGAAUUCAGUGGUGUACAUGAAACCGGGAAGUUACCGCGUACCCAAAAAGUACAAAAACAAAGAGUUGUCGAUUUCUAUCAACAAAAAUAACAGUCCUAGAGUGAUCGAGUUUUUGGAAACUGCGCAAAACGUGACGAAGGGGCUGGAAGCGGCGAACGACAAGUACUGGGUUAAAGUAAAGACGUCCGUCGCUAAGAAACUGGAACAACCGAAGUCGGAAAUCGACGAACCGAUUGACAGUGAGGAUUUCUUUAAGCUAAAUUCUGAAGUUUUCUUCAACGUCCACGAGUGGUUGUCGAAUAGCAAUUUUUCGGACUAUGGUGACCGUUCGAGCACUUCGACGUCGCCACCAAAGCCGGGACAAUUUUUUCCAGAAAGUUUGGACAGCAGAGACGACGCUUCGUCCAAUAUAGAGUCCGAUACGGUAAAACCAUCGAUAACUGUAUUGCAAAGGAAAAUACAAAGGAGUUCAAAAAACGGACUUGUCGAACAGAUACCGUCACGUACGUAUAGAAGAAAACCAGAAACUCUCAAUAUCAUGGUUUACGAAAUGAAGAGUGGCGGUUUGACCAAAAAGGCGAAAAACAUCCUAGAGAAGAUUCUCUAUGAGUUGAAAUCAACUGAACUAGCGAAUUUGUUAGCAGAAUGCGUCAUGGAUGGACCCAACCUGGAGAUGCUCCAGAAGAAUCUCACCAGAGAUUGCUACAGAUAUGUAAACGAGUUUGUGCGGGAUCUGCGACACUUGGUUAACAGUGCAGGUCAACAUUUCAAGAAAUGUGAUCAAACGGAAGACAAGAUAAAGACGUUUUCUAAAAAAUUAGAAACGUCGCUUGCUGAGUACUUCCCCAACUACGAUUUCAGCGGCAUAAACGGCCACAGGGGCGAAAAAGUGGGCAAGCUGAAAUUCAAAAAUUGCUUGUUUGAUGGUGAUGGUGAUCAUUUAAAAAAUUGAUAAAGAUAAGGUUGAAAAAAUUCCGAUAAGGAUAAGUACAAAUUGGGCGAUUUUUGUAUUCUCUAAAGGUCGACGCAAAGAUUACCUACCUAUAUAACCAAAAAUUAUAAAUUUUAGGUGCCUGAAAAAUUGUUUUAAGUAUAGUAAACUUUUUGUUGAUAAAUUGUUAAAAUAUGCAAAACGCCGUUCCCUUUGCCUUUUUCCUAGCCUAGAUCUAAGUGGUUUGUUGUUGUUAAUUAAUUGUUGUAAUUUUGUUGAGGCUUAUAAACA